CGUAAUGAUACUCUGAAUGUUUUCCUCUGGAACAGAAGCAGCCAGUUUGUAUUAAUUUACAGUUAGGAAAGAACUUACGCUUUUUGUUACGGUCUAUGUUUAUUGGGCAGUAAACAACCGCUAAUAAGUAGCGUUUACACUGGUGCAGUAUAUAAAGGUGGAGAACGACUGGAACGGUGUGUGUGAAAAGUCAAAAUACGGUAUACUUCAACUAGGAAGUCUACAACGUGAAGAAAUAAUCAGGUCGUGUGAGCGUCGUUGAAAUCACUGCAGCCGAAACACACAGUGCCUCCCGUUUCGUGAAACCGACGCUGAGAAAGGAGAAACUAACCUUUUGGGUGUAUGACGAUGGAUUGCGUCCUGAAGAUUGCCGUCAGUUCGCUGACGCCGCUGAUGAGCUGUAAAUUAUGCCAGGGGUUCCUGGUGGAUGCCAGCGUCCUGCCGGAAUGCGGGCAUAGCUUUUGUAAGACCUGCAUCGUGCGACAUUGCGCUCGGUCCACGGUGUGUCCUCUGCCCGAGUGCAACACAUACAUCCAUGCCCGUCCGUUAACCUGUCUCAAGAAGGACACCACUCUGCAGACCAUCGUGUACAAGCUCUUCCCGGAAAUCUAUCACAAUGAGAUGACCCGUCGGCGCAUUUAUUUCAAGAACAAUCCAGACGACAUGUACGAUUGCAAUCUGGAUCCACUGGAUGCGGAAAGCACCGGUACUGCGGAAACUCCCUCUUGGUUACCACAGAUCAGUGUGCCGCACGACACCGAAGUGCAUCUCACCUACAAAUACGGCCUGACGGCCCAUCUCCGUGAUGAAUUCCCAGCCUUACUACGGGAAAAAGAAGCAGCGGCAUGUCGACGCGACAACCUGGCCACGAUGUGCGAUUCCACGGUCAGCAUCGAGGAGCUGAAGGUCUUCGUUACCGACCACUUUCGUCUGCCCUCCAGUAUUUCGGUUGUGAUUCUUCAAGCCAAUUCCGUGAUGGACAAUCCACAUACUGUCGCCGAUAUGGUGCGCUUCUCCUGUGGGACAAAAGCCGAAAAGCAAGUGCUGAAGUUAUUCUACAUCCUCCUCCCCUCCACCAUGGUCCCGCGGGCCUUCCACGAACUGCAGGAGUUCAUCCACUACUGUUUCCAGAAGGACAUCACCCUGCACGUGCCGCUCUCCGGCCGCGUCAAAGCCCCCAAGAAACGUGGCGAACAGCAACGGCGCGUCUACCUCCCCGGGAUGCCCCGCGACCCCUACGCCUUCCCCAACGACGGGCUCCCCGAACACCCCUCCCACCAACCGAAAACAUCGGGUCCAUUCCACGCGCAGCCGUCCACCGCCGCGCACAACGGCGUCCUAUACUACUAAACCGACCGGGAUUCCAGUGUUAAAAUGAUAAAUGAUACAGUGUUCAGGGAUUCGCGAGAGGAAUGGGAUUUGUUUAAUGGUUUCUCCAGGCAAUAGGAGCUGUUUAUUUUUCCCCAAGGCGUGCGGGAUCGGGACCGCGGUUACUGACAGGAAGAGUUCGGGAUCCGUGUUCGUUUCCCUUGAUGGCUAUCUUUCAGUUGGGUGUUGCAGGGAAAAUUUUGAUUGGCUGUUGAUACAAGCUGUUUAAUUUGGGAUUUCAGCUGAGCUACCUCGAUUUCUAACCGCCGUAUUGGCUGUUAUACUUCUGUAACCGUACCCGUAUGAGUCUAUGACAGUGUGGUACCUCUACUGAUGAUUGUUUAUCCGUACCCGUAUGACAGUGUGGUACCUGUUUACUGUUUGACUGUUCUGCAACCCGAAUUUUGUUGCUCCCAAUAAAUUUUAAUAUAAUAUCACUUGCUCCGCGUUCCUGU